AAGGACCUUGGCCUUUUUCAUGUGCAGGUGACAUAUUGGUUAGCUUGUCUUUAAAGAAAGAAACUUCUGCUUGAGGGAUCAUACAACAGAAAGAUUGGAGCACCUCGCCACAAGUGGUACAAUGGAGUUGUCACCUAUUGUCACUCAACCACAAUGUCACAGUACCACAAGGAGCUUUGAGUGGCAGUCUGAGCUCUGUGACUGCGGCGAUGACUGUAACAUCUGUCUGUGUGGAGCUUUCUGCUACUGUUGCCUGGGGUGCAUCGUGGCCAAAGAUAUGGACGAGUGUUGUUCCUGUGGUCCCACGGUGGCCAUGAGGACACGAUAUCGCACUUUGUACAGGAUUCCGGGAACGAUCUGCUCAGACUGUCUCACGGUCACUUUCUGUGGUCCUUGUAACCUUUGCCAGCUCAAGAGAGAUAUCAACAGGAGAAAGCAGUUAGGGAUUUUCUAGGUUGGUCAGAAAGAAGCAGGACACAUGAAGAAGGACCUCAACUUCUCAGGACCUCAAUAGAUCUCCUGCAAAGUUCUGCACCGUAGAACCUCCAUUUGCACCACUGGCGGGGUUUCCACAGGGCUUGUUUGCUUUGGGCUUAGCGUUUUGUGGUUUGCAUUGUGAUUUACAGAUCAUAAUUAAAAGUGUGUCAGCAUGUGGUUUUUAAUUCAGCAAAUUGUGCCUUAUUUAAUAAAACUUGGAAUAACGGGUGA